UGCCUGACAGGUUUAGGUCCAUCAGUGGGUUUGGCUCCACUGUGGCACAGAGCGGCUCCGAGCGCGCAGCUGGCGCGCAGUUCUUAAACAGCUAUGUGUGAUUGUCUGCAGACUGUUUCCCAGCGGGUGGAGGAUUUUUGGAGGAGUAUCUUUAAGAAAAAGCCUGGAGAUGAUGAAGGAGACAGAGUAGAUGAAGCUUCAACUAAGAGACCCUCUUCGACCCCUCCGCCGCCCCCAGAGAGGCAGUCAGACAGCUCGAUCUACACCGGGAUCUGGUCGUUUGAAGCCCGGCAUAAGGACGAGCUGUCCUUCCAGGAGGGGGAUCUGCUUGAAGUCAUCAGCCGCAACGGAGACUGGUGGAUGGCGCGGAGGGUCGGCGGUAACGGGCACGUCGGCAUAGUGCCCCAUAAUUACUUGGCAAAGGCGGAAUCUGUGGAGCUGCAGCCAUGGUUUUAUGGGAUAAUGAGUCGCUUUGAAGCCCAAAACCACUUGAUGGACCCGACAAAUAAUGAGGCGUCGUUCCUUGUGCGCCAAAGCGAGAGAGACAAGGUUGGAUACGUUCUUUCAGUGAAAUCCAACAGUCAGGUGAGGCAUUUUAAGAUUUUCCAUGUAAAUGAGUCUUUUUACGUGGAACAAAAUCAUCGGUUCAGUUCUCUGGUUGACCUGGUAGACCACUACUGUAACAACAGCCUCAAUAACAUCCCCUCCCUGGGAAGUCCGUGCAAGAGGGUAAAGCCAAACACUGAGGAUAUCAACCACUUGCUGGAUGGUUGGGUUCUGCCAAAAAAUGAGUUCACCAUGUUGGACAAGCUCGGCUCUGGCUGCUUCUCUCAGGUCUAUCGGGGCCGCUGGAAGAACCACAUCAAUGUUGCCAUUAAGAUCCUGAAAAAUGACUCUUUGGACAACAAAGAAUUUCAAACUGAAGUUGAAAUCCUGAAGAGACUGCAUCAUCGCCACCUCAUCUCUCUGUUCGCUGUUUGCACCGAGUCAGAGCCGUAUUUCAUCAUCACAGAGCUGAUGGCGAAAGGCAGUUUACUUGAAUUUCUCAGAGGACCUGAAGGAAAAAAUCAGGACAUUGCAUCGCUGGUCGAUAUGGCUACCCAGGUGGCUGAUGGGAUGUCUUACUUGGAAGAACAGAAUAGCAUCCACAGAGAUCUGGCAGCUCGAAAUGUUCUUGUUGGAGACGACUACAUCUGCAAGGUGGCUGACUUUGGGCUGGCACGUGUCAUCAAGGAGCCAUUUUACAUCUCGGAAGAUAAAAAAAUUCCCUACAAAUGGUGUGCACCUGAAGCCAUCAGCCAUGGGAUGUACUCCAACAAGUCAGACGUGUGGUCUUUUGGAAUUUUGCUCUUUGAGAUUAUCACCUAUGGAGGUAUUCCAUACCCAGGUUUUAACAACCAAGAAGUAUAUAAGAAAGUCUUGGAAGGAUACAGGAUGGAGGCACCACCCAAAUGCCCCAGUUUUCUCUACAACCUCAUGCUGAAAUGUUGGCAGGAGAAGCCAGAAGACAGGCCGGACUUUAAUGCUAUCAAGAUCACGCUGGAAAGAAGCUCCUAUGAGUUGGAAUGAACGUGCUUUGACUUCCUGAUGUUCACACUCAGCACCAGUGAUAGUGAGCAAGACCUUUCAUAGCUGUGGAUUUUUCAUAUCAUCAUAAGAAAAACAUCAUCUUUACAAAGCAAAAUGCUUUUGAAGACACAGCUGACCAUAACAAACAUUUACACUACUUGUGAAGGAUAAACCUUUAAAAACGUGCAAUAAGGAUGACCGGUAUCAUCCAAAUAUUCAACACAAAUGUGAUCAGCUUCCAUUUUUUUGUUUUUAUUAUUGUUGUUUGAUGUUUAUCUGUUCUGGAGCUCAAACCAGCUUCUGACUGGGAGUUUUUAGUGGCCUGAAAACUGCAGGUAGAAAACAAAAAUGAGGGAAUAAGG